CGAUACACAUCGGUAUCAGUUCUGAUUUGUAAGCGGUGCAGUGUCAUCAUGAGUUUCAAAGACAAAGUGGUUCUGGUCACCGGCGGCAGUUCUGGCAUCGGAGCAGCCAUCGCCAUCAAGUUUGCACAGGAGGGCGCUAAAGUCGCCAUCGUGGGGAGAAACCAAGAGAAACUGAAGAAUACUGCCCAGAAAUGCGGAAACCCUUUAGUGAUCGUCGCUGACGUCACAAAAGAAGACGACGUCAAAAGAAUUGCCAGCGAAACGUUGAAACAUUUUGGGAAACUCGACAUUCUGGUCAACAAUGCUGGUAUUGCUCCAUUUGCUAGUAUUCAAGCUGACAACGCACUGCAGGUCUUCCAUGAAAUAAUGUCUACAAACCUCAAUUCCGUGGUACAAUUAACGCAUCUGACUGCUGCUGAGCUUGUGAAGACUAAAGGUAAUAUUAUCAACAUUUCGAGUGUUGCUGGAAUGAAGGCCUAUCCAGGUUUGUUUGCGUAUUGUGCAUCAAAAGCGGCUUUGGAUCACUUCUCUAGAGCGAUUGCACUUGAACUGGCUUCGAGUGGCGUGCGUGUAAAUGUAGUCAAUCCAGGACCCGUGGCGACUGAUAUCGGUGAUAGUAUGUUCCCGACUAAAGAAGAAAAAGAAAAGGCCAUGCAACGGGCCGCGGAUGGGACUGCUUUGGGCAGGAUAUCGGAGCCUGAAGAAAUAGCUGAUAUAGUUCUGUUCCUAGCGAGUGACAAAGCCAGAGCGGUCACUGGUUCGUGCUAUGUCUCUGAUAAUGGAUUUUUGUUGAAGGGUGUACCAACUUGAUUGAAUGUUUGAAUAAAAGUUGUUGAUAAUUAAAACCAGUUUUUCAAUAUAAUAUAAACAUUUGUGUAAAAUUUUCUAAUUUUUAUAAAUAAAAAAAGUAAAACAUA